AUGAUGCGCCACAGCAUUGACGAGGGCGCCCUGCCGCGCCGCAGUCUACUGGCGGUGACCAAGGACUCCGAGGACCCGAAUGUGCUCUCCUCGCGCUCCAACAACCCGCUCAACCGCACCGACACAUCGUCCAUUGACCUGGAAGCCGAACGCAUCGACCGGCAGUGCCAGGUGGCCACGGCGACUGCUGCCGCCACCUCCGACGAUGACAAGCACGAAACGUCUUCGGAGACCUCAUCCAGCUCCAACAGCGUGGUCGAAGCACCGACGCCCGACAUGGACGCGGAGUUCGCUCUGGACGUCAUGAAGGAGGCCGACCGCCGCAUGACCGUGCGCACCUCGAUCGCCACCGACCUGUCCUCGGUCGAGGGCGCCACGGUCGAGGCGGACGAGGACGACGACGAGAUCGACGUUCAACUGCUGCACGACAUCGCCGACAACAUGAUCGGCCGCAACGUGCCGUUCGAGACGCCGUUCGGCGUCAAGGCGCAGUGCUACGCCGACUACACGGCCAGCGGCAAGGUCAUCGAGAGCAUCGAGACCUUCAUGCGCAACGAGGUCAUGCCCACCUACGGCAACACGCACACCACCACCUCGGUCACGGGGCUGCAGACCACCUCCUUCCGCGAGGAAGCCCGCCAAAUCAUCGGCAAGGCUGUCAACGCCCGUCUACACGGCAGCGGCGCCCGCGACGUCGUGCUCUUCUCGGGUCAAGGAUGCACCAGCGCCAUCAACAAAUUCAUCAAUGCGCUCGGUCUCACCACGAUGCGGCGCCACCAUCGCGCGUACAAGCGGCCGGUCAUCUUCACGUGCCCGUUCUCGCACCACUCGAACCUGCUGCCGUGGCGCGAGCUGUACUGCGCCGAUGUGGUCGAGAUCUCGGAGGCCAAGACCGGCGGCCUCGACCUGGAGGAGCUCGAGCGCCAGCUCCAGAGCUACCAGGGCCGCGACCUCAAGAUUGGCACGUUCGCCGCUGCCUCCAACCUCACGGGCAUGCUGGCCGACGUGGACGAGGUGUCCAAGCUGCUGCACAAGUACGGAGCCCUGUCGUGCUGGGACUACGCCACCUGCGCCCCGUACGUCGACAUCGACAUGAACCCCGAGGACCCGGCCGCCUACAAGGACGCGGUGUUCUUCUCGGGCCACAAGUUCGUGGGCGGCCCCGGUUCGCCCGGUGUGCUGGUGGUCAAGAAGAAAUUGAUGAGCAACAAGGUCCCCACCAUGCCCGGCGGCGGUACCGUGCUGUUCGUCACGGAGAAGGCCCACAGCUAUCUCGCCAACAAGGUCGAGCGCGAGGAGGGCGGCACCCCCGACAUCUUGGGAAGCAUCCGUCUCGGCCUCGCUUUCGAACUCAAGCAGCGUGUCGGCCCCAAGAACAUCAUGAAGCUCGAGCGCCAACACGUGCAGCACGUCCGUGAGGUGCUGGGCCGCAACAACCACAUCGUGCUGCUCGGCCACGACAACGUGGACCAGCUGCCGAUCUUCUCGUUCCUCGUUCGCUUUGGUGACCGCUUCCUGCACCACAAUUUCGUGUGUGCACUGCUGAACGACCUGUUCGGCAUCCAGGCGCGUGGCGGCUGUCAGUGCGCCGGCCCCUUCGGUGCCCGCCUGCUUGGCCUCAGUCGUGAGCAUAUCACUGCUCUGGGCUAUGCCGUUGUCGCCAAGGACGAGGUGCUCAAGCCGGGCGUCGCACGCAUGAGCUUCCCGUACUUUGCUGAUGAAGAUGAGGUCGAGUACAUCCUUGAGGCGGUGAACUUCGUGGCCGACCACGGCUGGAAGUUCCUGCCGCAGUACGAGUACGACCCUCACAACGGAGCGUGGAGACACGUUUCGCGCAGUGCCUCCUCCUUCCCGGCCAAGAAGUACCUGGCUAGUAUGCAGCUUGACGACGUGGAAACGGUGCGCGCCUCCGUGUGCGUCGCCCCUAUCCGCAGCAUUGCUGCCCACCGCCGCGAGAACCUGGAGUGGGCCGCUGUGCUGGCCGACGCCUGCAUCGAGGAGGCCGUGUCGGCCGAGGAGUUCCUGGAAGGUCAGAAGCUGGUGCCGAGCCACGAGUGGCUGCGCUGGUUCGUGUACCCGCACGAGGCCGUCGCCGCCUACAAGGAGAACGGCCAGAAGCCGAUGCUCGCGGAGACGAUCGAGGGCCCGUGCCAACCGCAACGCUACCUCGACGGAUCGGUUCACAAGGUGUGGCAGGGCGUGCCUUCCAUGGGCAAAAUGAAGCGCAGCCUCGUGGGACGGUUCGUGCUGAAGGUGUUCAUGAGGGAGGAGCUGAAGGCCAUGAAGGACAAGAGGUCCGACGACGAGAAGUCCGUGCUGAAGGAGGAGGAGGCCAUGUGCGUCGUCUUCGGCGGCUCGGACAAGUGUCAAUACGGAAGGAGUGAGUGA